AUGGCAUCAGACAAUGGUACUAAUUUUGUUGGCGCCGAGAAGGAGCUCCGCAUCGCAUUUCAACGGUGCAUCUCAGAUGACAAACUUCAAUCUUUCUUUGCGGAUUCAAAUAUUGAAUGGGGUUUUAAUCCACCGGCCGCACCUCAUAUGGGAGGGUAUUGGGAAGCUGGCGUAAAACGUAUCAAGUAUCAUCUGAAACGCGUGCUGGGCGAAACGUUGCUGUCAUACGAAGAGUUUAACACCGUGCUGACAGACGUAGAAGCCUGCGUAAACUCCCGCCCGCUAUGUGACAUUUCUUCAGAUGCUGGUGACCUAGAAGUCCUUACUCCUGGGAUCAAGGGUUCUGUGGAAGCCUCCGUCAGCGAUGGCAAGCGAUUUCUGCUCUGCGACAACAUUUCUGGCGCCGAUGGAGGGACGAAUAUUUGGUAA